AUGCUGGCUAAUAUUACCUUGUAUUAUUCUUCACCUACAAAAUUUGAAUUAACUGAAAAAGCAGAAGAGGUUGAGAUUACUGAACAAUUAAAUGGAGUUAAAUAUACAAAAUAUCAACUUGAGAAUAUUCACAAUCCAAAUGUGAGAUUCUUAUUUUGCAAUGAAGAAGGGAAGGAUGGAAAGAUUGUUUGUGUUAAAAUAAGAAAAAUGGAGGUUUAG